GGGACGGUGAGGGGCCGGACCGCGGGCGGCGGGGACCCAGGGCCUGGAGUGGCCUCCGCGGCGGGAGCUGGCGGCGGGCGAGAGCCUCCCUGGCCCCUACCGCGGCCACACCUGGACCCCCGCUGACCUUGGGGUCCAACCCUCCCCCGCCCGCGCAAGCUUUCCACCGGGGCCCCCAGACUGUGAAGGGAGGUCGUCCAGGGCUCAGCUGUUGUUGGCGAGUGACGCCGAGGCCGCGCUACGCCUUUUCCUUCGGCCGUGAGCGGUUCAGCCGCCUGGCCGAGCUCACGCGGCAGAUGCUUCAAAGCCUUAUUAAGAAUGUUUGGAUCCCCAUGAAGCCCUACUAUACCCAAGUUUACCAGGAGAUUUGGGUAGGAACGGGGUUGAUGGCUUUCAUCGUUUAUAAAAUCAGGAGUGCUGAUAAAAGAAGUAAAGCCUUGAAAGCUUCCAGUCCUGCGCCUGCUCACGGUCAUCAUUAACCAGCUCUCCUUGGACGGGACGUCGGUCUGGCUGUGUUGUGGGAACAUGGGACAUCGUCUCCACUUGUAGCAGUGCCGCUGCCCUCGGGCAUGAAUAAACGUACCUAUGAGACCCACGCGA